AUACUGUCACUUUUAUACAUUGUUUUGAUCAGUUUUAUACUCGGUAUGUCUGGAGCGGAGUCCCUUUUCACCUGGGUCUAUGGACCGCGUGGCUCAGCGCGCGGGAGCGGCGCGGCAGGACAUCACAAGCCGGAAGCUCUGCGCCCCGUGCUCUUUGUGUUCUAUACGCUGGAAACCAUCUUCAACAUGUUCUGCAUGGGGUAUCACGUCACCGGCUUUCAGGUCAUCGAGAUGCACAUGUUCGAUUGGGAUGCGGUGGCUAUCCAGUACUCCUACCUCGUGACCUUCACCUUCUUUACGAUGGUGACACUCUUGCAGAGCGUCAGUAUAUGCACGGGUAACACGCCCACCGUCAUCGUGGAGAUCUGGAAGUCCUCGGCGGCCGCCAUCGCCUUCGUCCUCAUAUCCCUGACCACCAUGUGGGAUGCGGAGCGGCAGUUUUACGUCUUCUUUCUGUCCAAGGACUUCCGAGAAAACCCCAUCACCCACUAUGUGGAGGACCUGCCGAUGCACCCGUUCUUCUACUUUCUGCGUGGACAGUCCAUCUCGUCGCUGGCCUGCGGGAUACUCUACCUGCUCCACGCCACCAUCAUGAUCGACGUGAAGUUGACCAAUGACCGGAACCAGGGCGAGAGCAAGGGUACCUACAUGCCCAUACCGCUUUUUGUGCUGGGCAAAUUCAUCCACAGGAAACUGAGCGACUACGAGUGGUUUCGCGAGUUCUGCGAAAACGAGCCCAUUUACUUGUAGAGAAACUUUUCUAUCUUGAGCCAGUGGAGUUUGGCCAAAAAAUUGUAGUUUCAUAUUUUGUAAUAACGCCCUUUCCAAAUUUUGUAAGUACUUAGAGGUAUGCUUGUUGUACAUAUACAUUUGUAUCGCUGAGUAAUGUGAUAUAUAUAUUUUAUAAAAU